AUGUGAUGGUAGAAAGGAUCCUAUAUUUUGUGUUUAAGCUUGUGACACUUUCUUCGUCUCGACCUCACUUGUUCGUGACAUCAAUUGUCUUGCUAAUAGUGUAAAUCAUAACGCUGCCUGUGGUCAUCGGGAUCGUGCCUUAGGCGCGGUGCUCCACAUUCCAGGGUACCGUAAAAAAUUAUCACAAUUUUACUCUCGGCUUAUCACUACGGUGAAUAUGGUACCGAGCAGUGUCCUCUUCUUCAAUCAUUUCUCAUUUGGCGUCUGGACGGACCGGUAGUAAAAUUGUGGUAGAUGAAGAAAUAAAACAAAAUGGCUGCUACUGCGGUAUAUUUUAGUUUUAUAGUGUGCUUAUAUCAUGUAAAUUCUUUAAAUUUACCCGGUCCCCUGGUGUACGUAGUGACUCCCUCGCCUCGCACGCCGGCCGCGCUGAAGAUCGACGAGGGAAGAUCGGCGCCCUUCUAUUACCACAACUGGAUGAGGAGGAUGGAUUCGCCCCAAAACGCUUCGAGGACCACAACGACCACAACGACCACUACGCCCAAAGUGGAAACGCCGGAUUUAAUAUUUGCCGAAUUCGAAUCUCAUAAUGGAGACAACUAUAGGAAAUCAUUGAGGAACCUUUUGGAAAAAGAAAAAAUGCAAACCAAGAUAUCUACGACCACAAAGAAGCCGAUAUAUGUCCCCGACGUCGUCCCGGAGCAAACGCCUCAAGUAAAUUAUGUUGUACCAGACAGUAAUACACAUGACGAAGACAAAUUGAAAGCGAGCACUCCUGAUAUGACUGAUUAUUUUGCUCUUUAUAAUAAUCUGUACGGCAACAACAACAACAUCGCCGCCCCAGUAUUCAUUCCAACACCCACUACGGCGUCCACCACGAUCACUACCACAACCGCUGCCCCAAAGUUGAAUAAUGUAGAGGAUAUCUGGCAUGUGAUCGAUAGUGAAAAGCAUAAUCAAUUUGCUGGACAGUGGGAAGAAGUGCCUGUUGAUGCUGAUAAUGAUAAAACAAAAACACAGACUAUGAUUUCCCAGGAGGAACCCCAAAAAGAGGAUAAAACUAAAAACGAAGACAUGAUCGAUGACAACUUUGCUUUACCUGGAUUUGGAACAAAUCCUGGAAACGGAGCUGAGAAUGAAUCUAGGGCAAUUCGUACUGAACCUAACAUUCGUUUUCCCUACAUUAAUUUAAAACCCUUCCAAGUAAAAAACUCAUUUGCAAACAACAAGAAAACCAAUAAUGGCAUGUUUACGAAUUUGGAUAACUUUCAUGAAAUAACAAAUCCAGUUCGAGGAGAAACCCAAGACGUUAUGCCGGCACGCCAGCCCAUCGAUCGUUACAACCCUGCGCAAUCGUAUGUGCCACCAUCUAGAUUUGGCAAAAUAAAUACAAAACAAGAUUCUAGCGCCUAUUCUCCACCUGUAAAAUCAGUUGCAAACUUGGUGCCUCCUCCUCCUCCUCCGCCACCAUCUACUGGCGACAAUUUCCCUGCCCCCGACAGCUACGAAUCAUUCCCACCUUUUGCUUCCGUUGAUACGAAUCCUGCAUCGGCUCCUCCUGCCGUCCCAAGUCCUCCACUACCCCCAUCAGUUCCCAAACCUUCACCUCCAAAGUAUCAACCUCCAGUGGACACACCGGCAUACGACUCACCGAGUGAUGAUGGCGAUUCUGAUAGUCCACCUAUGGAUGUAGGCUACCGAUACAAACCACCUUCACCCCCUGCUAAACCUUUUCUACCGACUUUGCCACCUUUAUCAAAACCAUUUAAGGGAUACUCGUAUGAUAAACCAGGGAUGCCAUUAGAUGAUUCACCCGUAAUGGAUAAACCGCAGUUCCAUGGUUAUCAUUAUAAAAAACCAGAGCCUGAGGCUCCCCCCAGCGACGAACUUCCACCGAGUCCAAGUUACGGGCACCACGGACCGCCUUCGUAUCAAGGACCUGACUAUCCCGAGCUAAUCUUUAAUAAAUAUCAUGGCAACGAUGACAGCAAAGGUGGCGACGACAUGAAAGGAGAUGACAUGAAAGGAAAUGAUAUGGGAAUGAUGCCUCCGCCUCCAGCGCCCGAUAUGGACAAUUCUGGUCCGCCUUCUGACGAUCAUGGAUUUCCCCAUGACUUCCCAGGGGAUUUCAAAUAUCACCACGACUUUGACGAUCACGACUUCUACCAUCAUCAUCAUCAUCAUCCUACAACCACAACAACUACGACGACCACGGAGAUGCCUCGUGUCAAUAGAUACAGUUAUUAUUACUUGGGUAAAAAGCUGUAUUACUUGCCGCUAUAUUUUAGCGUUUACUUCAUAUGUUAUGUAGGGGCAUUAAUUAUCAAGGCGGUGUUACGGCACAAGAUUGUAUACCCUAACAGCUUUAGACCAAACGAUCAAACAUCCAGUUUCUUUUCAAAGCGUUCUGUAGAUUCAUGGGAUCUAUCAAAUGAAAAUCUUCACGAGAUUACUGGAAGAGUCACGGCCGCCAUCGGAAAAGCUGCUGAAAAAUAUAUGAACAAAGGAAUAAAACAAGAAUAAAUGUGCCACAAAGUGCCAACGAGUAUAUCGCAAUACUAGGUGAUAGAGAGUCAUGGAUAUUAGUGUGUAAUAUUAAUAUUGUUAAAUUAUAAAUUUGUUGUGAACUGGACAUAUUCAAUUGUGAAAAAAAGGUAAAAUGUUUGGGUAUAGUUCAUUGUCACAACGAAAUUAAAUAUAUGAAGAG